AUGUCGAGCAAAUCCACCAUCAGGACCCAAAGCAGCAGCCACCGUGGCUUCAGUGCCAGCUCAGCCAGAGUCCCUGGGGGCUGCCGCUCUGGCUUCAGCAGUGUCUCUGUGUCUCGCUCCAGGGGCAGUGGAGGCCUCGGUGGAGUGUGUGGAGGAGCUGGCUUUGGCAGCAGGAGCCUCUAUAGCCUGGGGGGCUCCAAGAGGAUUUCCAUCGGAGGUGGCAGCUGUGCCAUCAGUGGAGGAUACGGUGGCAGAGUUGGAGGUGGCUUUGGCUUUGGAGGUGGAGCCGGGAGUGGAUUUGGCUAUGGCGGUGGAUAUGGUGGUGGCCUUGGGCUCGGUGGUGGAGCUGGCUUUGCUGGUGGUUAUGGGGGCGCUGGCUUCCCUGUGUGCCCCCCUGGAGGCAUCCAAGAGGUCACAAUCAACCAGAAUCUCCUCACUCCUCUGAACCUGCAAAUCGACCCCACCAUCCAGCGGGUGAGGACUGAGGAGCGGGAGCAGAUCAAGACCCUCAACAACAAGUUCGCCUCCUUCAUUGACAAGGUACGCUUCCUGGAGCAGCAGAACAAGGUCCUGGACACCAAGUGGACCCUGCUGCAGGAGCAGGGCACCAAGACCGUGAGGCAGAAUCUAGAGCCUUUGUUUGAGCAGUACAUCAACAACCUCAGGAGACAACUGGACAGUAUCGUUGGGGAGAGAGGCCGCCUGGAUUCAGAGCUCAGGGGCAUGCAAGACAUGGUGGAGGACUUCAAGAACAAAUAUGAAGAUGAAAUCAACAAGCGCACCACCGCAGAGAAUGAAUUUGUGUCUCUGAAGAAGGAUGUGGAUGCUGCCUACAUGAAUAAGGUUGAACUCCAAGCCAAAGUAGAUGCUCUCAUGGAUGAGAUCAACUUCACCAGAGCCUUCUAUGAAGCUGAACUGGCUCAGAUGCAGACCCACAUCUCAGACACUUCUGUGGUGCUUUCCAUGGACAACAACCGUAACCUGGACCUGGACAGCAUCAUUGCUGAAGUCAAGGCCCAAUAUGAAGAGAUUGCUCAGAGGAGUAGGACUGAGGCUGAGUCCUGGUACCAGACCAAGUAUGAGGAGCUUCAGGUCACAGCUGGCAGACAUGGGGAUGACCUGCGCAACACCAAGCAGGAGAUUGCUGAGAUCAACCGCAUGAUCCAGAGGCUGAGAUCUGAGAUUGAUCACGUCAAGAAACAGUGCGCCAGCCUGCAGGCCGCCAUUGCUGAUGCUGAGCAGCGUGGGGAGAUGGCCCUCAAGGAUGCCAAGAAUAAGCUGGUUGAGCUGGAAGAUGCCCUGCAGAAAGCCAAGCAGGACAUGGCCCGGCUCCUGAAGGAGUACCAGGAGCUGAUGAAUGUCAAGCUGGCCCUGGACGUGGAGAUUGCCACCUACAGGAAGCUGCUGGAAGGCGAGGAGUGCAGGCUGAGUGGGGAAGGUGUUGGACCAGUCAACAUCUCUGUGGUGCAGUCCACCGUCUCCAGUGGCUAUGGCAGUGCCGGUGGUGUUGGCAGUGGCUUUGGCCUGGGCGGAGGCAGCGGCUACUCCUAUGGCAGUGGUCACGGCCUUGGAGGUGGCUUCAGUUCUGGCAGUGGCAGAGGCUUUGGAGGUGGCCUCAGCUCUGUUGGGGGCAGCAGUUCCACCAUCAAAUACAGCACCACCUCAUCCUCCAGCAGGAAAAGCUACAAGCACUGA